AACAGUCCCAUGGCAUUGCACCUCUACAGCCCCCGCCUCCAGCUCGAUGAGACCCUGGAGCAGAUGCAGCAGGGGACUCUGAUGCGGAAGGUGAAGUCCAAGAGCUGGAAGAAGCAGCGAUACUUCAAGCUGCAGGACGACUGCAUGACUGUCUGGUACAAGUCCAAGAAGAACGGCAACACCAAAUAUACCUUCUCCAUCAGCGAUGUGGAGACAGUGCGGGAGGGUCACCAGUCCGAGGUGCUGCAGAGCCUGGCUGAGGAGUUCCCGCCCGAGCACAGCUUCACCGUCGUCUUCCACGGGCGGCGCGGGAACCUGGACCUGAUCGCCGGCUCCCCCGAGGAGGCGCAGUGCUGGGUCCGGGGCCUGCGCCGCCUGGUGGAGAUCGUCACCAAGAUGGACCAGCAGGAGAAGAUGGAUCAGUGGAUCUGCGACUGGUUCCAGAAGGCCGAUAAGAACAAGGAUGGGCGCAUGAGCUUCAAGGAGGUGCGGCAGCUCCUCAAGAUGAUGAACAUGGACAUGAACGAGGACCAUGCGCUCCGGCUCUUCCAGAUGGCCGACGGGUCGGAGUCGGGGACGCUGGAGGGCGAGGAGUUCGUGCUGUUCUACAAGGCGCUGACGCAGCGAGACGAUGUGCUGGGCGUCUUCCAGGCGUUCUCCCAGGACGGGAAGAAGCUGACCCUGCUGGAGUUUGUGGAUUUCUUGCAGCAGGAGCAGCUGGAGGGGGAGAACACGCAGGAGUUCGCCAUGGAGCUGAUUGCCAGAUAUGAGCCGUCUGAGAGCGCCAGGGCGCGCCAUGUGCUGAGCCUUGACGGCUUCCUCCUGUACCUGCGCUCGCCGGAAGGCGCCAUCUUUAACCCCACUCACGAGCCGCUUUGUCAGGACAUGACCCAGCCCCUCUGCCACUAUUUCAUCUCCUCCUCGCACAACACCUACCUGCUGGAGGACCAGCUCCGGGGCCAGAGCAGCGUCGAGGGCUACAUCAGGGCUCUGAAGCGGGGCUGCCGCUGCUUGGAGGUGGACUGCUGGGACGGGCCCAGUGGGGAGCCCGUCGUGUACCAUGGCCACACGCUCACCUCCAAGAUCCCCUUCAAGGACGUGGUCAGCACUCUGGGGCAGUACGCCUUCCAGGCAUCCGACUAUCCCGUCAUCUUGUCCCUGGAGAACCACUGCGGCCCGGAGCAGCAGGACCUCAUGGCCCAGCACCUGAAGGGCAUCCUGGGAGAGCGGCUGCUCACGGCCCCCCUCGACGCCCACGACCCCACGCAGCUGCCUUCGCCGGAGGAACUGAGAGGAAGGAUCAUUCUGAAGGGGAAGAGGGCAGAGAGCCUGGCGCACUCGCCGGACGAGGCCCCGGAGGGGGAGGUGUCCGAGGACGAUGAUGGGCCGGAGGCAGAGGAAGAGAUCCUGAGCCAGGAGGCCAAGAGGAAGGCCAAGAAGUCCCAGGCCAAGGAGCUGUCUGACUGCAUCAUCUACUGCCACAGCGUCCCCUUCCGCGGCUUCCAGCCGGCGCUUGCCCGCCGCCGGCCCUACGAGAUGGCCUCCCUGCCCGAGGCCAAGGCCAGGAAGCUGAUCAAGGAGGCGGGGAACGAGUUUGUCCGUCACAACGCCCGGCAGCUGACGCGGAUCUACCCCAGCGGGCUGAGGACUGACUCCUCCAACUAUGACCCGCAGGAGAUGUGGAACGUGGGCUGCCAGCUCGUGGCCCUGAAUGUGCAGACGGCCGGGGCGGAGAUGGAUCUGUGCGACGGGCUCUUCCGGCAGAACGCCCGCUGCGGCUACGUGCUGAAGCCGGCUUUCCUGAGGGACGCGGAAACCGCCUUCGACCCCGACAAUCCCCGGAGCAGGGCCGGGGGCGGCCCCUGGAGCCUGGCGAUUCAGGUCAUCAGCGGGCAGCAGCUCCCCAAGGUGGCUGGCAGCAAGGCGAGCGCCAUCGUCGACCCCCUGGUGCGCGUGGAGAUCCACGGCGUCCCCACCGACCAGGCCAGGCUGGAGACCCAGGCCGUCGAUAACAACGGCUUUAACCCCCACUGGGGCGAGACGCUGUGGUUCAAGGUGCACGUCCCUGAACUGGCCCUCGUGCGCUUCGUGGUGGAGGAUUACGACAAGACGUCCAGGAACGACUUUGUGGGCCAGUUCACCCUGCCCUUCGCUAGCAUCAAAUCAGGUUAUCGUCACAUCCACCUCCUGUCCAAGGACGGCAUGGCCAUCCCACCCUCCUCGCUCUUCGUUCACGUCCAAAUCACGGAGCUUCCCUACCCCGAGUAGCAGCCGAGUGGGUCACGCCAGCCCCCUGUACCACCCGUUAACAGCCCUGUCCCGACAGCUGCUGGAGAGACGCCGCCCUGCCCUGCCCUGCCCUGCCCUGCCCAGCCCAGCCUGCUUCCUGCCCGAGGCGGCUUUGCACGACGCUUGUUUUCUUUUGAACCUGCCUGUAGCUGUUUGGGGUGCUGCUAUUUUGCGCCCGAUGGUUGCCUGGAUCUCAGCCAGGCUGGGAGGCAGGUGACUGCCCCCCGCCAGGGGCGGCUCUAUGUAUUUUGCCACCCCACGCACGGC